UCGGGGUCAAAUUAAUAAUUUGGACAUCCAAGAUUAAUAAGGAAGGCCAGGUAAUAGAAAUAAGCCACGAUAUAUUUCUAAGAAAUGAUAUAUGGAAAAGUUACACAAGUGCUAACUGACACAAGUUCUGGAGUUGUGUGUUCAGAACGUGUGAAAUGAACCAAGGGAAAUGAAUAAUUUGGAGAAGAUACAAUCAAAACCAGGAAAUAUAAAUAUUUACGAGUACGGUUUGUUUACUUUACACGCAUGGAUUUGUUGAAUGGAGUAAUUUUCUAAUAAUCUUUCUUUCCAAAAAUGGGCGACGAACAAUCCGGAGGACAAAAGUAAAAAGGAUAAGAAAAAACUUGUACAAAGUCUAUUUUGAAACUGAAUGGGACUGCAUAUAGAUAAACCCCGAAAAGGAAGCGGAAACAGCAAUGAUGGUAAUAGAGUUCGACGUUUUUUUAAGAAAUAUCAUUGCUCUUCAGAAAUCAAAGGUGUUGAUGAAGAUCUUAUUAAAAGAUUCUACGCAAUUCUUCAGACUUUUUACACGCAUUAUUGCUAUGUAUAUGGUAUUAUUGUACAUAAAAUAUCUUCUGAACAUAAAGUAUUAAUACAUGGGGAAAGUAUAUUUAGGUACUUUGCUGUUCUGCCUAUUGACAAUUUAUCUGAAGGGGCACAAGAAUCUCGUAACAAAGAUUAUAAAUACAUGAGAUUGCAUCACUCCAGAAAAUGUUCUAGAAGUGCAACCAUUGAAGACAUUUUUCAUGGUCUUCUAUUUACAUCAGAUCCGUAUAUAUCGAGUAUCAGAUAACCAUUAUUCACUAAUUUAAAGAAACUGUUAGAGGAUGCCAAAACUUGUUAGUUAUUUAAUUAAUUAAUUAGCAAUAUUCUUACAAAAAUUUCCUUUCUUAGGUUUAACUAGAUGUUUGACAUUUAUCGUUAUUUACACUCAAUACUUUUUAAAGUAUAAUGAAUAUGAUAACUAAUUAACAAAAAUAAUAAUUAAAAACGAAUUAUUUAUUAAGUAAUUAUGUCGAGAAUUAUACAUCCUUUAACAGAAUAAUAAUAAUAAAACAUAUGAAAUAGUAUUAUGAUGUAAAACUGAAUAAGUAACAAAUUAAGAAAAUUACUUUUUAUUUUUAUAUUCAAAUAAGAAUUUUAAUUUUCUUAAUUUAAUAAUUUAAUUUAACUUUAUUAGGUACAUUAGAGAGACAAUGUGCCAAAUUUCAAUUCUUUACUUGAAUAAAAAACAAAGAUACAGAUCGAUGAGGCGAUAUGCACGGUUUUGGCCCAUAAUGCGUUUUGGUCUCCUUUAUUUUAUUUAAUUACCAAAUUAAAUAUAAGCCAUUAUUAAUCAACACUAUGUUAUGAUAAGUAUUCAUAUAUUAGAUUUUUAUGUUUCCAUAAAAAAAUACUUUUCUUCUAAUUCUUUGAUACCACACAAUACUCCUACAAAUACUACAAUUUAUUACUUAUUUCAUCAUCUAUCUUUAUUUAUCAUUAAUUAAAUCAUACUUACUCCAUACUCUUGCUCGUAUUCUUAAUUUCAUAUUAUAUCAAUACACUUAUUGCAUUACUCAUUCAUUACAUACGUACCCUACGCACAAAAAAAUUUUUUUUUGCAAAAAGUGCAUUUUAUUCAUGUUAUGUCCGUGACUAUAUAAUUAAUAAAACACGCGUCUUUACUCUCGAACAUAUAUUUAGCGACAAAGAAACAAGGUAGACAAAAGGAGCAACGUUUAUGCCUGAAAAAUAGUUCUACCUACUUAUAAAAUUGCUAAUGAUAAGUACCCGCUGAUACUUAUCUAUUAUACAUCACACCUCCCAACUUAAUCAAUAACAAUAGCUUAUGUAUAUACACAUAUUGACAUCAGUUAUCUAUGCCGUAACGCAGUACGGCCUUACGUUCUCGUUUGGGGCGAUUCGCGGGUAUACACGGUGAGUCGGGUACAUUUGAUUCACCUGGGGUAGUAUUUGGUGAACGCUGUCGAGACACAUACCGGUCUCCUGAUGGAGUGUUACUUGCCUCCACGUCUAUGCUCACCUCUGAUCGCUCAACGCCCUCCUCACUCCCAUUUUGACGUUCUAUACUUUCAUUUAUUACAUUAGGAGGACAAGGAACGUCGGACAUUCUCGAUCUACGCUUAAUUUGGUCAAUAUGUCUAUGUAUCAGUCGUUCGCUACCGUUGUCUACUAAAUAGCGGCGAGAGCCCUCGACGGCUACCACUGUGCCUUUCUGCCACUUGUCAGAACCAGUGAAAACUUUCGUCCAAACAGUUUCUCCGGGAGAGAACACGCGCGCCGCCCCCGCCCCUUCCGCGUACUGUUGCUGGUGAGCCUGCGCGCGCGCCACACUCUGCCCGCGUGCGUCCUCACUACGCAAUAAAUCGAGUCGCGAGCGCAGAGGCCGUCGCUGUAGCAACAUAGCAGGCGUAUCACCAGUACUGCUAUGAAUACUGUUCCUAUAACUUAAUAAAAACGUCUGUAAGGCGGCAUCAACGUCUAAUGAUUCCCUAAUGGCCUUUCUAAUAGUACGCUUACAGAGUUUAACGGCGUUUUCUGCAGCACCAUUCGAUGAGGGAUGAUAAGCAGGUGAAAAAGAUUGUCGAAUGCCAUUAUUCCUCAAAAAGGAUUGAAAUUCGCAACUCGUGAACGGUGGCCCCUGAUCUGACACAACUUCUGUUGGCAGCCCGAAACGCGCAAAUGUAGUUCGCAGGGCCUUAAUGACAGAUAAUGCAUUCGUUCUAGACAUUUCAAAAACUUCGAUCCAUUUUGAACUUGUAUCGACCAGUAUUAAGUAAGUUUUGCCAUUUAAUGGACCUAAAAAAUCUAUAUGAAUCCUACUCCACGGUUGAAUGUAAUACGGCCAUGGUUGGGGCGGCGCUCGUGGCGGUGCCUGUGCCUCCGCUGCGCAUGUUUCGCACUGCCUGCAGACAGUUUCUAAAUCCGCAUCUAUAUUGGGCCACCACACAUAACUACGAGCCAAAGACUUUGUCUUUACAAUACCCAUAUGGCUUAUAUGUAAUUGUUUUAACACAGCUCCCCUUAAACUUUUAGGUAUAACUAAUCUAUAACCCCACAUAAGGCAUCCUCGAUCAAUAUACAACUCAUUUCGCUUGUUAUAAUAAUGUUUUAUUCCUUCAUCAUCGCAUUUAUUUCCCCAGCCCGAUUGAACGUACAACAAAACUCGACUCAGUUCGGAAUCUCUAGAAGUGGCAGCCCUGACAUUCUGGUUUGUUAUUGGUAAAAAUUGCUCGACAAAAUUAAUAUAAGUUACAUCUUCGGAUACGCUAUGGCUUUGACUACUUAAAGGUAACCGCGACAGUGCAUCGGCACAAUUUUUAUUCGACGUGACGUAUUCUAUGUCAUAACUAUAUCCCGAUAAUAGGAUGGCCCACCUUUGUAAUCGGGAUGCCGCCAUAACUGGUACGCCCACUUUGCUCCCAAAUAUAUAUGUCAAGGGUUUAUGGUCGGUUCUAAGUGUAAAUUUACGGCCAUAUAAAUAUUGGUGAAAUUUCCUUAUUCCAUACACAAUAGCCAAAGCCUCCCUAUCUAUCUGUGCAUAUGAUCGUUCAGCGUCAGUAAGCGAUCGUGAAGCGUAUGCUAUUGGUCGUUCUCCGUCCGGCGUUUGGUGUGAGAUAACUGCCCCUACACCAACACUACUGGCAUCCGCGGUCAAAAUCAAUGGCAGUUCCAAUGAAUAGUGAACCAACACUUCACUCGAACAUAAUCGCCGUUUAAUUAAAGUGAACGCCGUUUCACACUCAUUAUUCCACACAAACUUGACAUUCGUACGCAACAAAUUGUACAAGGGUGCCAUUAUAGUACUUACAUUUUUUAUAAACUUUGAAUAAUACAUUACCAUACCUAUAAAAGCGCGCAAUUGCGUAACAUUGAUUGGGGCCGAGGUAUUAGCAAUAGCCCUAACUUUGUCCUCACAAGUCCUCACUCCAUAUUUAUCAAUUACAUGACCUAAAUAUGUGAUACUUUCCUCGAAAAAUGAGCACUUUUCUCUUUUAACACGGAGACCGUGUGAUUGUAAUCUAUCAAAGACUUUAUGUAAAUUGUUUAUAUGUUCCCGAGUUCCGGACCCUGAAAUAAUAAUAUCGUCCAAAAAUACUCCUACGUAAGGAAUAUCUGCAAACAUUUGUUCCAAAUGUUUUUGAAAAAUUCCAGGACUCGACGACAGACCGAAAACUAAACGAUUAUACAUGAAUAACCCCUUAUGUGUAUUUAUUACAGUAUAUUUUUUUGAUUCGUCUAAUUCAAAUUGAGCGUAAGCUUGAGACAAAUCAAUCUUACUAAAUUUUUCGCCGCCGUGCAAACGUGCUAACAAAUCUUCCACCUUAGGCAACGGGUAGCGAUCGACUUCAAUUACUUUAUUUAAUGUUAAUUUGUAAUCCGCACAAAUCCUAAUGUUACCGUCCUUCUUGACAACAGGCACGAUGGGCGUGGCCCAGUCUGAGCGAUUGACGGGAGUGAGAAUGCCGUCGCGCACCAUUUGCUCGAGUGCGCUCUCGACGCCCGCACGCAGCGCGUAUGCUACGGGACGCGCACGCAUAAAUACGGGUCGAACCCCUUCGCGAACGUGUAUGCUCACUUUACCGCCCGUAAAUCGCCCCAAUCCGUCCGCAAAGACUUUACAGUAUCUGGAACUAAAAUCAUCUAAGUUAAAAGAAUUACCAACAGUCGAUACAUUAUUUAUAUUCUCAAAUUUAGGCAGCUGUAUUUUCAAUUCUAUUAACCACUGUCUACCUAGUAAUGAGGUUUUAGCAUCUUCUACCACAUAAAGACUUAAAUAUUUAUUGACACCAUUGAAACUAACUAAGGGUUUUAUAACUCCCACGGGUCGAAUUAACUCCCCCGUGUAGUACCUCAAUUUUAAUUUAGAUUCUUUAAUAUCUAAGUGUUUAAAUAAUUUAUAAUAUAAAUUCGUACUUAUACAAGAAACUGCACUGCCAGUAUCAAUUUCCAUAUUAAUAUUUUUAUUGUCUAUAAUAAGGGGUAUAAUUAUCGGACUACACUGUGAAAUGGAUACUUGAUUUACUGUUGUAAUCAUUACCUCAUCGCUGUCUCCACUGUCUACGUCAACCUUCUGUGUCGGAAUCGUCACAUUGACAUUAUGAUGAUCUGUUAAAUAAGGGCAGACUCGACGCAAGUGUCCUUGUUUAUUGCACACUCUGCACACAUAGCGUGAAAACUGACACCGAGAUUCAUCGUGGCUUUCACCACAUGCGCGGCAUUGUGUCCUGGUAAAAGCGAGGGUACCUCGCGCAUGCCGCGCUGCCGCUUGCUGCCCGCGUCCCAUAUAUCGCCCGCGCGGUGAAAAUCGAGCCCUGCUGCUGCCACCGCCACUUCGCGCCGCUUUGCUCUCGCUACCACGCCAUGUAGUUGCCACGGCCUGGCAUGACACGACGUCGGCGCUCGAUGUGGAUGCUCGGCCCUCGACCGCCGCAGCAUCCUUUUCUGCCGCUUCCAUGUUAACUGCCAACGCGUACGCCUUCCCGAAAUCUAUCUUUCCUUCCGUAAACAGGCGCUGUCUUAUCGUUUCGCUACUGAUUCCACAGACUAGCUGAUCACGUAAACUUUCUUCUAGCCAAUUUCCGAAUUCGCAUGUCUUCGACAUUUUUUUUAAUACCGCCACAUAUUCUGAUAUAGUCUCAUUACUAUUCUGUUUCCGAUGACGAAACUUGUACCUCUCUGAUAAAAUACUAGGUUUUGGUUGUAAAUAUUGUUGUAAAAUAUCCGUUAAUUGUUUAAACGACUUGCUUGUUGGCUUCGCAGGGGUACACAAAUUUACUAAUAGCUCAUAACACUCCGCUCCCAUAACUGUGAUAAGUGUAGGCACCUGUUUUGUCUCCGGUAUUUCAUUCACUACAAAAUAUUGUUCCAGACGUUCCACGUACAUAUUCCAAUUGUCCGAACGUACAUCGAAUUCACAUAUUCGGCCUAUCGACAUUAUUUUAAUCCUCGUCGCCACUGUUAUGUCCGUGACUAUAUAAUUAAUAAAACACGCGUCUUUACUCUCGAACAUAUA